GGAACAUGAAGGCAGCAUGGCACAUGGUCGAUGUCUGAGGCAGCCGGCAGGGGGCGCCAUGUCGGACAGUCGCCUCCUUGUGACAGGGAUUGGGAGGCUGCUGGGAAAAGAUGGCAGCUUCCUUUUGUGUGUGGGGAUUUACAGUACUCCGAGGGGGGAUUUAAACACAUUCUUCUCAGGAUAUACCGUCCUCCAGCGCGUACUGCGGUUUAUCCGGACACUUUGAGGCAGGAGAACAUGGAGAAGAGCGGGAGCGUCGACAGUUUGGGCUCGAAGCGCUCCUCUUCCAGACAGCCGAGUGUUGAUUCAUUGUCCAGUACUUCCACCUCUCGCUCUGACCGGUCUGCCCAGGCCAAGCCACCCUCAGCCAUGUCCUCAGACUCUGUGUCCACCUCUGCAGAGCUCUCUCCAGAGCUCAGGGUUAAGCCCAAAGCUGCUGCCAAGAAGGUGCAAAGAGAUUCAGACAAAGAGGAACCACAGUUACUUCCAAAUGAAAUGGUGCAAGACAUGGCCCAAGAUAUUACCUACUUCUGUCCUUUCAUCGGAGCACUGAGAGGAACAGUGACAGUUACCAACUACAGACUUUUCUUCAAAUGCAUCGACAGGGAGCCAGCCUUUGUGCUGGACCUGCCACUCGGGGUGGUGAGUCGUGUGGAAAAGAUUGGAAAUGCAAGCCGUGAUGUGUCCUAUGGGCUGGUUUGCAAGGAUAUGCGUAAUCUACGAUUUGCACACAAGCAACUGGAGGACACACUCAGGAAGUCCAUUUUCGAAGUGCUGAUGAAAUUUGCGUUUCCUGUUUCCAACGGGCUGCCAAUCUUUGCCUAUGAAUACGGGCAAGUCUUUCCUGAAAAUGGAUGGAAGGUGUAUGACGCUGUCUCAGAAUACAAAAGACAGGGUAUACCCAAUGAAAGCUGGAGGAUAACAAAGGUAAACGACCACUAUGAGGUUUGUGACACCUACCCUUCGACUCUGGCGGUGCCCGUCAACAUACCGGACGAAGAGCUGAAGAGAGUGGCUGCCUUCAGAGCAAAGGGACGGAUACCUGUGUUGUCAUGGAUCCAUCCAGAGAGCCAGGCAACGGUGACGCGCUGCAGUCAGCCCAUGGUCGGGGUGAACGGAAAGCGCAGCAAAGAGGAUGAGAAAUACCUCCAGGCGAUUAUGGAUGCUAAUGCUCAGUCUCAUAAACUCUUCAUUUUUGAUGCCAGGCCCAGUGUCAAUGCUGCUGCCAACAAGAUGAAGGGUGGUGGUUAUGAAAGUGAGGAUGCCUAUCAAAAUGCUGAGCUGGUGUUCUUGGAUAUUCACAACAUCCAUGUGAUGAGAGAGUCACUCCGCAAGCUGAAGGAUGUGGUCUACCCCAACAUCGAGGACUCCCACUGGCUCUCCAAUCUGGAGUCCACACACUGGCUUGAGCACAUCAAGCUGAUCAUGGCAGGAGCACUGCGGAUCGCAGACAAGGUGGAGUCUGGGAAAACCUCAGUGGUGGUGCACUGUAGCGACGGUUGGGACCGCACAGGCCAGCUCACGUCCUUGGCCAUGCUCAUGCUGGACGGUUACUACCGCACCAUCCGCGGUUUUGAGGUGCUGCUUGAGAAGGAGUGGCUGAGCUUCGGUCACCGCUUCCAGCUGCGCAUCGGUCAUGGAGAUAAAAACCACACAGAUGCAGACCGCUCACCUGUUUUCAUUCAGUUCAUUGACUGUGUGUGGCAAUUGACUCGGCAGUUUCCUGCAGCUUUUGAGUUCAACGAAUACUUCUUGGUCACCAUCCUGGACCACCUGUACAGCUGCCUGUUUGGGACCUUCUUGUGCAACAGUGAGCAGCAGAGAUUGAAGGAAGAGAUUCCCAAGAGGACAGUGUCGCUGUGGUCCUAUGUAAACAGCCAGCUGGAGGAAUUUACCAAUCCUUUGUAUGUGAACUAUUCCAACCAUGUGCUGUUCCCUGCAGUCAGCUUACGUCACCUAGAACUCUGGGUUGGCUACUACAUUCGCUGGAACCCUCGCAUGAGACCUCAGGAACCUGUUCAUCAGCGGUACAAAGAGCUGUUGGCGAAGCGUGCCGAGCUGCAGAAGAGAGUGGACGAGUUACAGCGAGAGGUGACAAAUCGCUCUGCCUCCUCUUCCUCAGAACGGGCGGGCUCCCCCACACGCUCCAUCACUCCAGUGCAGACCUUUGUUUGACACAGGUCGACCCUCAUGGCGGUCGCAGACGUGGAAUCUCACCUGCGAGAAGGUGCCAUACAGUAGUAAUCAGUAGACCGGACCUGCCCACCAAAUUGCCUCCUUGGGUGAUACGACGCGUUUAUACACUACCACAUAAGUUGAGCAGAUCACUGUAUUUGCAUCUCUCACAGGCACAUAGAGUCUGCUUGCAAAAAUAAGAGUGACUGUCUCAAACUGCUUUACCACAGCCAUAUUGUACUCCAUGGUUAAGAGGACACAUACACAGAAUAGUGAGUACUAUUUAGCAUAUCAAACUACCUACAAUCAGUGUUGAUCGUUUCUUUGAGUACACUAAACUAUUACGCGGGUAAAUUAUAUAUGCCUUAUACACAUUAUAGGAACACUUACUUCAUUCCUCUACACUGCAAAUGUAUUGUUCAAUCUUGAUUUGAAGCAAUAGCAUUGAACCAGUUGUGAAGAUUGUACACUGCUGCAAAAAUUCCGUUGAGCUCAAACAUGUAGUACGAAAAAAAAACUAAAUGGCUUGGGAGUUGUUAAAUAAUCAGAAAUGUAGCUAAAGGGCUGUAAUUUUAGCUUCUUCUAAUAGUAAGAAAUAGUCAUAGAGUGCAUUAAAAAAUGUUGGUGCAUUGUGUCCACAAGUUUUAGAUUGUUGUGACCAAAUAUCUUUUUUUUUUGUUUACGAGUGCAUAAUGUGUCAUGCACUUCAUUUUUCUCAUUGAUUGAGUAUAGUUUUGUUAGUUUCAUUUUUCUAACUAGUUAACAUUAUUUAUUAUGCUUUUAGUCCAGACUUAUAUUUAUGGAUCACCAACACAUUCAUGUCACACUCAUGUCAUUGAUCAGAGAUGUCGCCAUGCAAUAUUAAUAAGCCACGCUGAAUAUGCAAAAGUUCAUUGCCGUUGGCUUUCAUGUAGUCAAAAUAUUUGUGUGAAUAUUUUCUCACAGAUUAGUGGCAGCCAUUAUUAAAUUAUAGGCAGCAGCUAAUAAUGUAACUAAUCUGUGCCUUGCUGUGAAUGACCGAUUGGGAGAAACGUGUGCGUGUGUGUGUGCGUGUGCACCUUUAAAAGCCAUGGUCAAACAGUGAAUACAGUGUUAGUUAUCCUUCCCUCUGCAACAAACACAAAACUCAAAUUCAAGUAGUCAGUACAGUUUGUCACAUUAGUCUGCCGUGAACACUACACCCUGGUUUCAGUAUCCAGGAUGUUAAAUGGUAGCAGAAUCUCAGUUACGUUAGCAUUAAUUAUAUUUAAUUACAAAUAUGGUCUUGCCAUAGAAUAAAAAAGAGUGCCUUGAAGAAAUAUGAAAGUGAUUUAGAAGUCUGAAAUUUACAGUGUGACUGUGCUGGAGUGUCAUGUUAGACUGCAGUGGCUUUGAACAUUAGCAUAGUCAUAAUCAAGCUGUUUAACUCUCAUUCAUAAAUACUAGACUUACAGCCUUAAAUUGCCUGUAAGGCAUCCUUUACACACUAAGAUACUUCCCUUGAAUUUUGUUCUUAGUUCUCGCCUGUUUAAAGUUGUACUGCCGCUUUUUAUGUUGUUUUUUAUUUCUUGCCCUUUAAAUAUGCACAGUUGUUAAGGUAUGACUGUUUUUCCAAAUGGUUCAGAUGACACUGCAAUGCUGUAUGCAUGUCAUUGCUUCAAAACUUGAUUUUGGAAAUUGACCAACUGCAGGCAACAGCAAUGUCAAACAGUCCUGUCAAACGUCAGAAUGUUUAAUUAAUAAAAGUGCUGAUAUUAAAUAGUCAAAUUUUUCUGAA